UCUGAGCUGUAUAUGUGUGCCGUGUGCGCCGCUAUUACGUCGUUCGGAGAACCCGGAUUUCUGAGAAGUGGGUGAGAGAAGUGACUCCUCCUCAGUACUGUGAAACAGUUGAUCGAGUUAACUUGUUAAUUGAAGUAUUGUCAGAGCCCAGUGCAAGCCAUUUGUUGUGUUGACGUCCAUUAAUUUCAAGUAACGGAGGAAAAUAGUGAUGUGUGACCAGUGUUUGUUCGUGACCAGGGUGUGAAUCACCAGUUUUAGAAACGUGAGAUGAUGAUGAUGUAGCGGGUGAGGACGGCAUGCAUGGAGAAGUGAUGAUGGCAGACGUGGAGGAGCGUUUGCUGUCAUCUGUGGCGACACAGACUGAGUAUGUCAGUAGCCCCAUCCUCUGGCAGUGUCUGUACGUCAUCAAGACAGUGUCAGAGUUCCAAAACCUUUCAUACAGGGUUACAAGGACUCACUCGAACCUGGAAGUGUUGAUGGUGUAUAGAGAGGGGGCAUGUGGCAUCUUUGGCCCCCCUUUGGACCCAAUGACUUUGACACUCGACCCUUCGGGCCGGUGUCUGGUAAAUAUUUUGUUCAAGACGGUUCAGAGGGUGAACUUUGUGGCCAAAGCUUCCGGGUGCAUUGAGAUUGCCUCCCUGAUGGCUGUGCUACGACUGAUUGCUGGCAGAGGCUAUUUGUUCUGCCCUGGCAUUCCCGAAAAGUUUUUGGCAGGAAAGGCAUGUGGCAAGCACGUGAUGGUUCACCGCAUUCCCUUCAAGCGUUACCAGUCGAAUCAGUGCCCUGUUUACUAUCAAGUCCCGCCUUCACAUACCACAGGGAAGUCAUCUCUUUGCUCACUGUGCCCAAGUUGCCUCCAAACAGCAAAAAUAGUUGUAAGUUUGCCAUUCCUUCCAGUGCCAGCAUCAAAAGUUGCCCCCCCUGUGACUCAACCAAUCAAGCAGUCACAAGCAGUUGUCUCAGGGUGUGAGGAAAACAAAGAGGAGAGAAAUGCGAAUGUGAAUAAUUCAAACAGUGACUGUAUGAUUGUGUCUGUGGAGAAAAUGCCCACAACUGUGUCUGCAGCUGGGCCUGAUACCUUGGCUUCCCAGCGGAAAGAAUCUCUUGUGGUCCCCACUGGUGUUAUUCUAGGUCCUCCUAAGACUCAAGUGAUCACUACCCAAUUUGGUAAGACGACCGUCGUACGUCACCUUCCCGUAGAAGAGUUGGUGGCUAGUUUACCUAGCAAUCCGGAUGGAAGUGAUCAGCGGCGAGCACAGAGUGCCCCAGUUGGGGCUGGGCAGACAGUUUCCCAGCAGCAGGAGGAGAAGAAGGAGGGGCCGGUAAACAGCCACCUGCUGCAACUGCUACGAGAGAAAGGAGCUCAGAAGUCUAAUGUGGAAGGCCAGUCUAUGG